ACUUAAACUGGUAAACAACUACUAUCAAUAUAGGAAGUGCCUGACCCCUAGUACAAUUAACAUAAUUUAAUGCUAAUCAAUUUUAUACAAUCCUAUUAGAGCUUAUCAGUUAUUGCCUUAUGUAUAUGUGCUGCUGUUUUACAGUGUGUGAUUUUUAAUCUAUGCUCACAAAUUGAUUAACAAUAGUGUUGCAUUUCAAAAAUUGCUUGCUAAGGCUUCGUGAUCCUGCAGAGCCAGUACAGCCGCGUUGUCAGCAUGCCGCAGCUCGGGGCCAACGUGGAGUACCAGGAGUACAAGUGGGCCUACUCGAUCAUGGACUCCUCCAAGGUAUCAGCAUGUCUGAUAUCGAUGUUGCUGAUCGUGUACGGCAGUUUCCGCUCCCUGAACAUGGAGCGAGAGGCUCGGGAGCGGGCGGAGCGCGAGCGAGAGGCCACGCUGCUCGGCGGCAAGCCCGCGCCUCCCUCCACUAGCAAUAGCAUGUUCUGCUUCCCCGCAGAUGUGCAGACACUGAACACGAUGCAGGCGCUGUGUUUCCCGCUGGGCUCGUCAGUCGCGCUACUUGUGAUGUUCUUCUUCUUCGACUCCAUGCAGACGCUCGUCGCUAUAUGUACUGCUAUAAUAGCAUGCGCAGCGCUGGCGUUCCUGCUGACCCCGCUGUGCCAGUACGUGGCGGGCACGGCGGGCGUGGGCGCCAGUAGAGUACCAGUGUGCGGCCGGUACUCCGCGCCAGAGCUGGCCGCCGCCAUACUAGCCGCGGCCAUAGUGGCUGUGUGGGUGCUCACCGGCCACUGGCUGCUGAUGGACGCAAUGGGCAUGGGCCUGUGCGUGACCUUCAUCGCGCUGAUCCGCCUGCCUUCCCUGAAGGUGUCCACGCUGCUGCUGACGGGGCUGCUGCUCUACGACGUGUUCUGGGUCUUCUUCUCCUCCUACAUCUUCACUACCAACGUCAUGGUCAAGGUGGCCACCAGGCCAGCGGAGAACCCGAUGAACGUGGUGGCGCGGCGGCUGCAGCUGGGCGGCGCCAUGCGGGACGCGCCCAAGCUGUCGCUGCCCGCCAAGCUGGUGUUCCCCUCCAUGCACCACCAGGGACACUUCAGCAUGCUCGGUCUAGGAGACAUAGUGAUGCCGGGUUUGUUGCUGUGCUUCGUGCUGCGGUACGACGCGUACAAGAAGGCGACCCUUGUGUGCCAAAUGGGACAGGUGCCCGGCCCUCGCUCUAUGGGGUCUCGGCUGACGUACUUCCACUGCUCCCUGCUGGGGUACUUCCUGGGGCUGCUGACGGCCACGGUGUCCGCGGAGGUGUUCAAGGCGGCGCAGCCCGCGCUGCUCUACCUCGUGCCCUUCACGCUGCUGCCGCUGCUCACCAUGGCCUACGUCAAGGGUGACCUGAGAAGAAUGUGGAGUGAGCCGUUCAUAGCGCCGCCGAGCGGCAAGGCGGGCGCCGACUUCGACGUGUGACUGCGCCCGCCGCCCCCGGCCUGCACUGUACAGUUGCAUCCCAUACUUUAAUACACUCGCAUUGGCCUACGGAAUACACGUCGGGAUAAGGCUCAAACACACUCAAGCCAAGUCAAAAAAAUAUCCUCGUAAGGAUUUCCACAUACUAUAGUUAAACAAUGGGAUUUGGAUUUUAAAUAUGGGCCUUACGACAUUUAUGUAUUAUUAUAAUUCCGCGGGAAAUGUACGCGCUACGAAUAAAUUCACCGAAUUUAACGGAAUUAAAUCGUAAGUAAAUCAAUAAAAAAAAGAUACUGCGAUACUAGCUUAGCGUUCAUCGGACUUCGGUGGCGCGUACAUGUCAUUUUGGCUACGCAAAAGAGUUGCAAGCAAAAAAUAUUUAUUUAUCUAAGCAGUUUCUACGAUUCUCUAUAUCCAGCAUUUUGGUCAUUUUGAAGUGAAUUCUGUACUUCACCGGCGUUUAUACAUAGGUCAAUGGAUAACCGGUACUAGAGAACACAGUCCUACACGCGACAACAGCUCUUGAUAACUUCCAGGUAACUUUGAAUUGUAUCUGGUUAGACGCAUGUGUUAGAUGUAAUUGGUAUGGUGCUAAAUGUAGCAUCGGGAAGUUAAAAUUGAAUGAAAAUUGUUUCGUAUCGCGUCUAGAAAAUACGGUAACCAUGAGAUGGAAAUUAGAAAUGCGCUCGAUGGUAUAUUUAUGGCGUCAUAUGAAUCAAAACUUCAUGACUACGAAUAGCUCGAUUUUAUAAGUGAUCUGGAUUUCGAUGCUAAGUAAAACCUAUUGAAUAUUCAAAAACCAGGUCUAAUUUUAGAGUCAUCUGGAAGUGUUUCAAGAUUAUAACGAGUCUGAUUCUGGUAUGCUCUCAGUUAUUUAUUUGACGAAUCUAAAGUACUUGUCAUCCUUUUAUUAUUAUUGUGGUAAAAAAGUGAUGCUGAAUCUUCAGACUCGUCAAGUAAGACGCGCCAGAAUCACUAGUGUGUUUGUGAAGAUAAUUUCCUGUAAGUCUUACUUUAUUAGUACAGUACAUUGUUUUGUUAAAAUUGAAUACUUUUAUAUUAGCAAAAGAAUUGGAUUGCAGUCGUGUUAGAAGCGAGAGUGGUAAUAUUGAACACCAAUGAAACACGCACACAAAAGUGAAAUCAAAUAUUAUUCUUUAGAUCAAAUUAUUAUUAUUUUUAUGCGUUAUCAAACAAACUUCUCGAAUAUUGUUUUCGAUUUUUAUAUUUUAUUUUUUUUGAAUAAUUUUGUCACUAACUGUACAUGUAGCGUCAGGCGAAAAUGUGAAUUGAUGUUUAUGUAUAAUAGUUAUAGAUAGGUGUACGUUAGGUUAGUAAAUACGCUUCGUUUCGUUAGAACAAUAUCAAGGAGAGUUCAGCACAGGGUAUCUGCGACCUCUUGUAACGUUAGGAUCAGGACCAGUGCACACGGCUUUACUUACUCGAUAAUACUUUCUUUUCUAUCACAAAUACUCAUACUUUUUCUACUUUUUUAAUAUAACUACUAUGUAGCGAAGUUUUUGUGUUAAUACCUAGAUUUAUUCCGCGACUCACUUCUUUUUGGCUUGUCUAAACUUCGUACUUUCUAAGCGGGCAAACUCACACUAUUGAUAUUUUUAUAAGCCAACAUCCUUCUAGACCUCAUAAUGUAGUUUGAAAAGCCCAAAGGGAGUGAGUACCUUCAAGACCCUUGUGAGUGUACGCGUGCGAUGACAGAUUCGAUCUACAUAGAGGUGCCAAAAUGCCAGUGGAGAACUACAAGCUAAUGUAAGAUGAUAAAACCAAGGGUCAGUUUUAGGGCCUGUUCUACUGAUUAUUUUAUUUCUAUACAAUGGAAUAAAUAGGUUAAGAUCUUUCUAUGAAUCUCAUUUGCGAUUAUAAAUUUGUAAGAUUUGAUAUGGUUUUUAAAUGCUGGAACACAACUUAAAAGAGAUUCUAUCAUAUCGUCACUGGAAAGGCAAAAUUACGUAAGCGCCAAAAGGCCAUUUCGAGAAAAAGCCGUUUAAAGUUUCAUUUUUUCGUUUUUUUAUCAUAACUUUUUACCUAAUUAUCCAAUUUAGAUGAUGUCAAAGUAAGGUUACAUUGUUUUUUAAUUUUCUAUGUCCAGCAAUACAUAUUAUAACUGUUGGAUUGCUAUUUUAGGAUAUAGUGGCGCUUACGUAAAAAUGACUUCAGUUUACAGUAAAGCAAAUUUACUUAACCGCCAUCUGGUUAAAAUAUUAUUUGGAAGCAAAAUUACUUACAGCUCUUACGACAAUGCAUACGAGAACGACAAUAUUUCUUUAAAUAUAAUAAUACUGUAAUGUUAGCGGAGUAAAAGUUACUGUAACGACUUUUACACAUCUGCUCUCAUUAUGUAAAAAUUGCCUAAAAAGUGAUCGAUUGAUUAUGUCAGUUCACCAAAAAUUCUUUAAAGUAAGUUUUUGUAAUAUCUUACAUGGGUAAAAAGACGUAAGAGACAAAUAAUUAUUCUUAAUACCUCCUUAAACUACUUAUUACUUCAAUUGAUUUAUAAAAAUGGCUAUUAAAAUACUGAAGUGCCAGAAAUAAAGUUUCAUAAAAUAUAAAUAAUAGCGUACAACCCGUUAUCUGUUUGUAAAAGUUUCUUUUUUACACUUUCAAAGACAGAACGUAUACGGACGUUCCGAUUCCAAGGUGCCAUACUACCUAUUAUGAACCACCAAUGACCCAUGGUCUCUGUCCGUGAAAGGGUUAAACGUUUUUAUUUAGCUAAACCCGUACGGUAUAUUUGUAUCAAAACUAGAUAUUGCAAUUUAAGUACCUUCCUGUUGUCAGAUUGAUCUGAAAUUUGGUACGCAUAUUUAAUUCCGAUGUCAAUACAAUAUAAUAAAAUCAAUAACAUUAUAAAUCUAAGAUGGUAGCCGGUACAUAAUGGGGGAUUACAUAUUUUUCCAAACCCCCUCAAUAUGGGUAUCAAAUGAAAUAGCUACACAAGUAGAAUACUGUGAUUAUAUCAAAAUUUAAAAUCCAAGAUUGCCGCCGUUCCAAAAUAGCGGAUUAGGUACAUAUUUUUCCACAACCCCCUCAAUAUGGGUAUCAAAGAUAGGACUACACUAGUAGAAUACUGUCAUUAUGUCAAAAUUUCAAAUCCAAGAUGGACGAUAUUACAAAAUGACUGAAAGAAGGAUGUUGCCCUUAAUUUUGUCAUUGUCAUCCACCGUCCAUAAUAUGCAGGGCAGCACAGUGGAUCGCUGGGUGGGGUCGCUCCGCGAAGCCUGUGAAAUCCCCAGGAGGCUUCUGAGCUUCUGGAAGGAGAUAGGUUGGCUUACGUAGUCAACAAUUACACGCAUAAUGGGCCACCUUAGAGUCUAAAUGCGGAAAACAGAGCCCACUAACAUAACAUAACAUAUGCAGGGCAGCACAGCCGACCAUGCAGUAGUAUAUUUGGGCUCAAAAUUGUUUGAAUUAGGACAAGCAUACGUGGCUCUAAGUCGAGUCAAGUCUCUGGAAGGGUCAAGUCUUUUUAAUUCCUCAAUAAUUCCCCUUAUUGUUUUUAAGAGUAUUUACCACGAAGUUUAAUACACUUUUCCAUUCGCUCGAACCAGGUAUUAUUUAACAUUUAUUCCACUCCAAAGUAGAAGUGUUCAAAAUGGCUGACUUGAAAGCGUUGGCCGCUUCUUCACCGCACUGGAACCUUUGACCGCGAAGAGUUUCUUUUUUAAUUUUAGGAAAUGUAAAGAAAUCAUUGGAGCUUAGGCCAGGACUGUAUGGAGGAUGGUCAAGAAUUUCUACGUUUUCCUGCUUCAAAUAAUCGUUUGACGAGCGGUGUGUGAGCUUGCGUUGUCAUGGUGCAGCAUCCUGCACUCCUGCGCAUCAUCAUGCGUCGCUUUGGAUUAGAUUUUCGAAGUUCAGCGAUGACUUGUGGUAAACAAAUUGUGGUAUACCAAUCUGCAUUAACCGUCCUACGAUCUUCAAGUGCAAUAAUAAUUGUCGCAACAUGACCGAUUUUCUCCACGAAGGUAGCCACCAUCUUCUUUGAAGUGCUUCGAGAUCGAACAACUUUAGUCGGCUUUGACUCGUUUUGGAAGACCCAAACUGUGGAUUGUUGUUUGGAAUCAGGAUAAUAGCAUAAAUCCAAGAUUCGUCACCACUAAUGAUGUCGUACACGUGAUUUGACUCUCCUCGGUUGAACCUCUGAAGAGUUUUCUUACACCAUCUGACGCGGGCUACCUUAUGAUCGUCAGAAAAUGCGGGAUGCAACGGCAAACUAGUUUUCUCACACCAAGUGCCUCAUUCAUUAUCGUUUAAAUGGUUGUCCCUGAAAUGCCUAAUAACGCCUCUAUUCUCGGUAUGUCACAUGACGAUUUUUGAGGAUUGGUUGUCUCACAGCAACGAUAUUAUCUUCAGUGAAGGCGGAUGUCCACGCGCGAAUUCUAAAUACCAGCGUUCGAUGGCUCGCAGACAUGGCACUUCAUCGUGGAAUAGAGAUUUUAACUGUUUGAAACACUGAAGUCGCAGUAGGCCUCUUCGAAAGUUAUAGAAAAUUUUUCUUUGUAAGAUUCAUUUUCGGACAUGAUCUGACAGAUCCAAACCAACGCUGUGACUAAACAAUUGCAUUAAUCCUAAUGCUUUCAAUUGUUUUGAUAUUCGAAAUUCCAACAAAUUUGAAUUUUGAGUUCUCAAUUCAAACUUGGCGCUAAAUAUGCAAACGACAGAACUUAAAAAUUAUAACAAAGUCGCUUUUUCUGUCCCUAUAUCCCUAUGUACGCUUAAAUCUUUAAAAUUGCGCAACGGAUUUUGAUGCAAUUUUCUUUAGUAGAUAGAGUGAUUCAAGAGGAAAGUUUAUAGGUAUGUAUAAUAACAUCCAAUAAAUAGUGUAGAAAUACUGUUAUUUUUGAGGAUUUUAAUGUGAUGUCGUAAAUAAUUUCAUUUUUCCUCAGCAUUGCAUCCUAGCGAAGCCGGGUCGCUAAUAAAUUAUAAAAUCAAUUCUAAAAUAGUUUUACUUUUAGAUCUAUUGUUAAAAAAUAACUUCCUGGGAAACUUACUGCUAGCCCACAAACUUGCUUAAUAACAGCAUAAAAAUGCGAAGGCAAAUUUACGUACACGCCUUACUUAUUCUAAAUACUGUAAGUCAAAAUUACUUAUUCGCCAUUCACUGCAUAAACAUGCUAAGACAUUUUUUUCUUAUACGCCUUACUUAUUUUAAAAGCUGUAAAUAAAAAUGACUUAUACAUAGUCUAUUUUUUAUUUUCAGUAGUCCAAAAUUACUAAUAAAAUGAUACUAUUCAAACUAUUGAAUGCCAAAUUUACUUAAAGUUAAUAUGUAGUUAUUAUAUAGGACCACAAUAUUACUUAUACACCAGUCACGAAAAAAACACCAAAAUCUUGUCGUUUAAGAAACUGGAAUUGAAAAAAGUCAACUAUUUUCAAAUUUACGUAAGCGCCAAAAAAGUGCUCGUAUCGCAAUGCUACCCAGACAGAUCGACGCAGAAUGAAACGCUGAUUCCGAAUAUAUAAAAAACCCAAAAUACCUAUUUUGGCGCUUACGUAAUUUUGCCUUUCCAGUGACGAUAUGUUGAUGGUUAUUUAGCAUUUGCAAAUUAUAUUUGUGUUUUGGUUCCGUACGAUCAAACUUUGUUGUCACUGCCUUAGACUGAUGUUUUCAAUGAAGAUUUUUUCUAUGUUUAAAAUGAGUAUUAUAAAACGUUAGUCUAACUAGGAGGUAAGCUACUAACUAUUGUUGUUAUUAUUAUAACAGCUGUAUUGUUGUUGUAAAUUAUUUGAAUUUAAUGAAAGAUUUUACGUAAGACAUUAAUUAUAAGAGAUAACGUAUGGUAUGUGUGAUUUUGAUUUUUAGAGCCUUUUUUGUAACAAUUAAUUUUUGAUUCACUUUUUUCAUAGUUAUUUUGUAUUAAGUAGUUAUUUGUAUUAAGUUUGAUGUGUGCAAAUACGAUAAACUAUUAGCAGUAUUCCUUGGUAAUAUCGAAAGUGAUAUAAUUUUAUUGAGGCUUGAAUUGGGAAACAUGAAUAAAUGUAUCAUUUAUUUAUAUUGGUUUCUUAUGAUUUGCUGGUAUGGUUUUAAAAGGGAUCUUCAUUUACAUCUGUGUAAAGUGUAAUCAGAAAUAGUUUAGUGUAUUUUUUAGACAUUUACAUAAAUCAUGGUCAGGUUUUCUAUAACUGUACAUAACUACUGUAAGAGACGUUAUAUCAUUUGAGUCAGACACCCCACUUCACCACAGACUGUAAAUAUUGCCAGACAUGACAUUACAUUAUGUAUCCACUAAAAGGAAAACGCAUUUAAUAUUUUUAUAUGUAUCUGGAGUAUUUGGUAGCCAUACUUAAUAAAAAUAUUAGAUGGAAUUAA